AUGACCAACCACGCCAUUGAAACCUUUCGUCUGGGUCCUUUCAUCACUCCGCGUAUCUGGAUAGGGCUGUGGCAGCUAUCGAGCAAUGCGUGGGGCUCCGUUUCAGCUGGCAAGGUUCGACAAGGAAUGGCACGACACGUCGAAUCGGGUUACCUUGCCUUCGGUAAAUUUCCUCGUCUCUCGGAGGCAAUUCUUGGACUUACAUCUAAUCAACCUCGCAGAUAUGCCGACCACUAUGGGAGCGCAGAAAUUAUCUUUGGUCAGUUUCGCGAGUCGAGACCACCUUCGGAGCAAAUCGUCGGUGCUACGAAAUGGUGUGUCUUCAAACAGAUUAUCCCAACUCGGCAGGCCGUUUGGGCAGCUGUCCAGGAGAGAAUGGUUCGAAUGCGAUCGCAGCAGGUGGAUUUACUCCAGUUUCACUGGCAAGACUACACCGACAAAGGAUACCUUACGGCGUUGAGUAUCCUCAAUGACUUGAGAAUGGAGGGCCACAUCCGCGCCAUCGGACUAUGCAACUUCGAUGCCAUUCGUACCGACGAAAUCUGUACUGAAUUAGGGCCUGGGGUUAUUGUAUCCAACCAAGUUCAGUUCUCCGUCAUCGACACACGACCGCUUCACGGAAUGUCCGACGUCUGCGACCGACAUGGACUCAAACUGCUCACCUAUGGCACUUUGUGCGGAGGAUUCCUCGCCGAUAAGUGGCUUGGAGAGCCAGAACCGGAUCCAUACUCAGGGGAUCUCACCCCAUCGCAACGGAAGUACCUCGACAUGAUAGUCAAAGCUUGGGGCACGUGGGACUUAUUCCAAACUUUAUUGUCCGUAUUGCGAAAAGUCGGUGAUAGGCACGGAGGUAGAAGCAUCGCGAAUGUUGCAACUCGCUGGGUUCUUGACCACCACUUUGUUGGUGCUGUGAUCAUAGGCGCACGGCUAGGUCUCUCGGAGCACAGAGACGAUAACCUCCACGUCUCUUCGUUUCGUUUGACAGAUACUGACAGAGCCGAGAUUGAAGCUGUGCUCGAACGCUCGAAUGGGCGCAGGAUCAUCUCGACAAUAGGCGACUGCGGGGCAGAGUAUCGGUAA